AUGCAGGUGGAUGAUCUCACAGGUGUCGACAUCCCCUCCGACACUCAAGAAAACCAAGAGGGCCGAGACAUUCAGGGAUAUUUGGAAUCCUUGAACCGGUCACCCACGACCGAGAUCUCCAGCUCAUCAGACGCCGAAGUUCCAGAAGCUACGGAUGCCGAGACUAAGGCGGCACCAGUGGACAGGUUGCAUAUGGGCGGUGCAUUGGAAGCUUUGCUUGCACAGGAUGAUGUGGGGCAUCACCUCGCAGCAUGGCGUAUCCGAGAACACGUGCUGCACGUGAGUGAUCAGAACCUUGAAACCGAGCAUCACAUCGAGAGGGAUGCCAUUGGAGGUGCUAUGUCAGUGAAGCUGGUUAGCUGGUCUGAGCCUUUGAAGAUCACGGCCAACCACCCAGAUGUGGUCGAACGGAGUGCCAGGUACCUCGGCCGGUUGUACCAUGAAGCCAAAGUCAAGGAACCGCCGAUCAUGGAGUGGACCUUCUUGGCCAAUGCGACGCAAGCAUACACAGGUGAUAAAGACACAUUGUUUUCACAUGUUGUGUGCAUGGAAUCCAAGCAACACCUGUUUUGGAUCCACUACCUCCGGGAGCCCUUCAGCACCAAG